AUGCCGCCUCAAUCUCGAAACAUAGUACCUAAUGUUCCAGAUGGAUGGAAGGGUGUAUUUGAUGAAGAAUAUCAAACAUGGUUCUUUGUCGACUUGAAGACUCGUAAUUCACAGUGGGAAGCACCCGCAGGGACAACAUGGCCUGGAAUAAACAAUCAAGAGAGAUCCAAGGAGCAUGAUCCACCUCCUUUAUAUGAGCAAGUUGUAUCGCAGACUCCAGGGGGGCAGCAACCUGCGCCGGCAGGCCCUGUGGGAAUUGGUUAUGUGCCUCAGCAGCAAACGUUUGGAGCUCAGCAGCCUAUUGCGGGUGGGCAGCCGGUAUAUGGAGCUCAACCGUCUUAUGGUCAACAGCCUAUGUAUCCUCAACAGCAACAGCAACCAAUGUACAUGCAGCAGCAGCAGCAAACCGGGCGUAAAUCAGGUAUGGGGUCUACGGCAGCGGGUGCUAUGAUUGGUGCAGGUACAGGUUUGGUUGCGGGAUCAUUGUUGACAAGCGCAAUGAUGCCCAGUUAUUCUGAUUCCUCCUAUAUAGACGGGUAUGAGCAAGGGUACCAUGAUAGAGGUGGUGACGUUGGAGGUGGUGACGUUGGCGGUGGUGACGUUGGAGGUGGUGGCUUUGGAGGCGGUGGUGAUUUCGGUGGUGAUUUCGGUGGUUUUUAA